UUGAUUUCAAACGUAGGCAAACCGGAAAUGAUAACUCAGCUAGCCUGACAACUCUACAAACUUGAGUAAAAAGUAUUUUCCCCAUGGCUGCCAACGGGAGAGGAAAUAUGCGACCAGCUGGACGUUCACCGCCGUUCUUGGCAAUUGGUUUAACUGUAGCUCUUGUCAUAUUGGGCUUUAAUUACUGGUCUCUAUCCGCUCGAAAUGGGGAACAAGCAAGUGAAAUCAUGCUCAUGGAAAGCGAGUUGCGUCUUGUAAAUGCCAAGAAAGUGUCUGCUGAAAAGCGCAGUGAUGCUAUUCAAGAUAAAGUAAAAGACUUUGAAGAAGAUAUAAGAAAGUAUAAGGAAGCAAAUGCCAAAUGUCAAACAGACUCUGCAAACUUUAAAUCUCGAGUAGAAGAUUUAGAAAAACAGGUUACAGAUGUACAGAAUGAACUGAAAACUGCGGAAGAGCUUAGAACAAAAUGUACAGAUGAACUUGCAGAAAAGAAUGUGGAAGUUGACACUGUCAAGAAUGCUGCAAAGAACUGCUCAGAAAGUGAGUGUGAAAGCUAUGUGAGGAUGGGACGGUCACAGGAAAGAAGGGACACCCUGCAAGACGUGUACCAGGUGGCAGGUCCCCAGCCCCUCAUCAGCAUGCUUGACCAGGGCAGGGAUGUCUCAAGCCUCACAGCAGAGAUACAGACUCUCAAACAACAACAAGCUGAGAAUGCUUACAAGGCACCACAGGGAGUGCAAGGUGUAGAGGGGGCUGGUCAGUUUAACCAGCAGGGUUACAAUGCAGGUGCCCAGCAGGGCCAAGAGGGAGGCAAUCAAAACCCUGCUAAUUAUAAUGCUGCUGGGAUUAACCCGGCUGUACCAGACGCGGGUAACAACCAACCAAUAGUCCGGGGAAACCAGCAACCAGUGAUUAAUGACAACCAGGAUGGCCAGCAAGGAGUAAUUGCUGCAGAGAAGGCCCAGCAAACUGAGAAUUUGGACCAGUCAGGAAAAGCAGACUCAAAUGCCAGGCCUGGGGAGGAGAUCCCUGUGCUGCCUGUCCCAAACGAUCACAACAAGGACGAAAAAGAUGGACAGCCAGAUGACUUGGGACAUCAGGAUGAUGGGGGUAAUCGCAGUACAACUACAGCAAGCAUACGGAAUCACCUUGGUCAACGUUCGGAAAAUUUCACAUCCAUGGAAGGUCAGGCAGCUGGCCAUGUUGGCAUCACUGAACAGCCAGAGCGAAAGGUUAAUUUUGACAAGCAGGCUAAUGAUUACAAUGAUGCUGAAGAUCAAGAUGCAGAUGAUGAUAAAGAGUUGCAUAACAAUUUGAAGUUUCAAGGAAAUGCACAGGGUGGAGAUGACGAUGACUAUUAUGAUGACAAUAAUGAUGAACAGGAGGAGGAGAACUAUGAAGAGGAUGAUGAUGUGCAGAGAGAUGAUGACGCCGUUGACAAGAUGGCCAUGAAAACAAACUGAGUCCAGCAGCCUUUUCACUUUUGAUGUAGUUGCUAUCCAAAGACCAGCAAUGAUAUUUUUUUCUGAGGUAAAAUUGUGCGACAUGGAAUCUUUCUAUUGGUCCGAUAAAUAAAAGACUCUUGUUUUUGUGACAUUGUGCCAAUCGCAGGACAGACUAGCACAACGAGGGCAUGAUCUCCUGAUCUGUAUGCGCAAAUCCAGUGGGACUAUUUUGUAACACUUCACAUUCUGUGAUUUAUAUUAAUCAUCAUGCAAUUUUGUCUAUGUCUUGUUAUCCUACAUUUCUUUCAGUGUUUAUUCACUGUAUUGCUCACUUAACAUUUUAUGAUUGCAUUGUCUUUUGUAUUUGCUGAAGUAUGUUAAAUCAUAUGUCCAAAUUAUGUUUUUGUCAGGACUUUUGUUUUAAGGGUUAUGUUUUUGUUUUGUAUAUUAUUUACAUUGUGUUAGAAGAUUAUAUUUCCUUACAAGAAAGAACUUAAGUUUUUACAUUACUUUUAUUGUUAUAUUGAGUUAUUCAUGCAUUUUUGAGCAAAUUUACCCAAAGCAUUUUUUGUUGUUCUUAACCCUUUCCCUCCUUGAUAUGCCUUUUUACUCCCAAAACAGUAAAAUAACAAGGGGAUUAAUUAGGGGCGGCUGAUAUGACUGCUCUAUGAAGGAAAGGGUUAAUAUGUUCAUGUUUUAUUUGCUCUAUGACCAAACUUUUGAUCAAAUGUUGCUUUCCAGCGCAAAAUAUUAAUAUGAAUAUUAUCUCCAUGUAUAUGCAUUGUAUAAUCAUGCUUUUAUUUUGCUAAAACUGUGUUGACAAGUGCAUACAGCUUAAGUUGCUGGCACUGUGUAUUGCUAACAUGAACAGACUUUCACAGGUGUAUAUGAGUGUGUUUUGAAUUGUAUCAACCAUACAAAGCCAUGAAAAAUAGUCCAGAAACAAGGUGUGCAUCAAUUCUUAGAAAAAAAUGCUUAAAUGUUGCCACUUGGGUUAGAUUAUGUCAAUGGGUUUAAUUUCAAAAAUUCUUUAAAUAGACUGAAAUAUAUUAGUUAUGUUAUACUAUAAUUGACUAGGGAGCCAUCAAACAUGAUCUGAUAUUGACUUUGAGCUAGGCGCAGACCUAGUCAACAGCUGUUUUAUUAUAUAUUUUCAUAUCCAUAUCCAUUAUGACCACUCAGGAAAAAAACAAUAAUUAUUUUAUUAAGACUUAACAGCCUUCUUAUGACAGUUCUUUAAUUAACGUUUACCUGUAUUAACUUUUUUUGAAAGUAAUGGUAUACUGGAAAAUUUUGGAAAUGAUGGCACUGGAUAUGUCUUAGCUUCGUUCAUGGUAAUGUUCUCUGUAACAGAUGAAACGGGUAUUGAUGAGGCAUUACUCAUUGACUAUGAAUAGUGGUAGUGUAAAACAUAAAUCAUGAUAAAUGAAAUAUUUUAAUUAGUAAUUGCCAAUCAUGCUCAGGACCGAUGAGAAACUGUCUUUUUAUAGGUUAUAUAAUAAAUAGCAAUAUUUUAAAGUAAUUAUGAAUAAUUGGAGAUGUGGCAUGUAUGUAUAAACUUAUAAUAGACCCUUAUAGAAAUUUGUUUUAAUAUUAAAUUGUUAAUUGUGUUAGCAAUACUUGUAAUGAUGUGUGUAAUGCUUUGGGAGAUCUUUAAUCUGUUAAUACUUUGUUUGUUCUAUUGUUAAUGCUCUCAUGUACUUGCAUACAAAUAACAUUGUCCAGCAGCGUCAUUCCUGUCCGCAUCACACUUAUGUUUCAGAUCAAUUACUUGGUAACAACUUGGAGUAGGGUCAUCAGCCUAAGUAUGCAUAUUAGUCCUGGUCAGUAAAUGACCCCUAUUGAUUUUGAGGUCAAUGUACGAUUAACUUUACUAGAAAAAUUAAGACAUAUUUAAUCAGUAACUUCUGAACAAUUGGGUGUAGCGUCUAUAAAACUUUGUAAGAAUGUUGGCGAUGGUCAGUGUAUGAGGGGACAUAAUGACCUCCACUUAAACAAUUAUGGGUGCUCCAGACGGACAACAAAUCAGACUGGCAAAGCUCUGGUUUUACUGUAUUUGUUUAAUUUCAGAAUUACACUUGAUAAAACUUACUUUUGACAUUCCAUGUUUGGAGAUGUGAAUGUGAGAGUGGUCAUGAAAUGGUUGUUACAUAUAUAGUUUUAUAUAUUUAUUCAUGUUGUUCAAAGAAUUAUUAUUUUAUUUGUGUUUGAGGGUCACAAAUAUUGAUUGAUUUAAUGCUUAUGUGAAAUCCAUGGUAAAUAUUGUUUUGAAAGAUUGGAAAUGAGGCUUUUUCUCUCCCAUUUGCUCUUCUUCUGACCAUUUGUGUCCACAAGCUUGUACAGCAUGGAACCUUUGAUCACUUUAUUUCAAAACAGUUUUAAGGCAUAAUAUUAGUAUGUCUGGCUGGAUCAAUAACUAUUUCUUGCAUACCGGACGUGUGUUUCCGGUCAUGUGACCAGUGCUGGAAAAACCCAUCUUACAUACCCCAUGUAAGAUGAGUCACGCGCAACAACGCACCACUUCUUAUUUCAUUUAUCUCAGUAUGGUUUAUGAAAGAUAUAGUAUGCCAUUUCAAUAAAGCGCAAUCAAAUAUAUAUGUUUGCAAGACUUUUAAUUAAAAUCAAAAAUAAUUCAUCGUAAAAAACGCCAUUUUUAGUUAUUUAAAAUUACUGCGCUCUAUGACGUCAGUAAACAACGUCGCACACGCUUUUUGGUGUAAUUGUACAAAAGUUCGUUUUUUCUACGUUAUUUUUCCACAAAUUCAUAAUUUUAGGUAUGCAAGAAAAAAUAUCAAUCAUGUUUUUCAGUUCCGGAUCGAAAAAUCCGACCCUCGGGCACGCACGUGCCCUCGGGUCGGAUUUUUCUAUCCUUACCGGAAACACAUGAUAGAUACUUAAAAUAUAACUUCAAUAAGAAUAGCUACUUAUGUCCCUAAAAUGGUCAUAAAAUUGAGCUGGCUCCAAUUUUUUUUAACUUCAGUAAAAUUUAGCCUUUCAUUGUUAAAGGGUAUAAUUCUAAAGGCAUAAUUCACAUAGUUCUAAAACAUCACUACCCUGCAAUACUCAUUUUCUGUGCAUUGACCAUCUCUGUUUGUGUAGUGUAGAUGACUCUUAUUCAAGAAUUUCUGUAUGACAUGUUUAUGUGUAUCUGAAGUCAGAUUCAGCUGUGGGUUGUCUACUUGUUUAUAUAUCAUGGAUUUAUUUAAUAUGUACACAAAUAAUAAUAAAAGUGGGAAAAUAAACAAUGUUCACAUAA